AGUCACAAACAAAGCACAUCCGACCAACACUUUUCCUUGCUCUCUCUCUCUCUCUCUCUCCAAUUUACCAACUUUUUCCCCUUCUAUCUCGGAUUCAAUCAAGCCAACACUCGCGCACCCAAAGUCCCACACUCUCACUCUCCCCUCUCACAGUAAGUGGUCCAUGAUCCAACAAGACAAAAAGUGUGUGCUAUUUUGAGUUGCCAGGGUUGAAUCUUAGGGGAGGGCAUUGCCAUAGAAAGAGUGUGUUGUAAUGGAGAAAACAAAGCUUAAUCUUAGUGUGCCAAUUAUAUCAGUGAGGAGAAUCAAUUCCAAUGUUCGUCACUUGGAGGGUGUAAAUAGGAAGAAUGUCGAGAAUCCACAGCCUAAUAGACAACAACAACGACAACCUCUGUGUGUCCCGAAAUCCGAUUGUGAGUUGAGUGAAGUUACGAAACCAGUUGCGGUUCCGUUUUGUUGGGAACAAGCUCCUGGGAAGCGGAGAGGAGAAAAUGGAGGCAAAGUCUACCCGUGUGAGGAUCCUUCAACUAUGCCAAGACUCCCUCCGGGAAGGAAGCCAGAUUCUAGGCGAUUUUAUUCCUGUGAGAGGCCUUGCCACGAGGAUAGUUUCAGGUUCCAAACCGAACCCCUUGCACUGAAAAACCACGCUGCCUUAAUGGAUAGCUUGGUGGAGAGUAUGCUCGGGAAAGGGGAAUUUGAUGUGGAAGGACGGGACUCGAGGGAAUGCACUAAUCCUGAUGUACUCGAGUCUUUGUCGUUGAACUGCAGCAUUGGUGACUUGAGUGGUUGCCAAGGCCUAGACGUUGAGGAAGGGCGGGACGAUGUAAAGCCAUCUGGAGACUCUCGGGAUUUCAUGAUGAGCCGGUUCUUACCUGCUGCCAAAGCUGCGGUUUUGGUUACUGAACAACCGAGGCUGGUGAAGGAAGCCAAGAAGUACGAGCCUUACGUUAUGUCAUAUUAUAGUGACUAUGCAGGGGAUGUAGUCACUGAAAAUGAAGACGAAGAGAAUGACAAUAUGACUAUUGAUCAACACAAAUGGUCACGAAAGUUUUGGAAGCUUUUCCCUCGUCUUUCUGUAAAGACUUCCUUGGGCCUCCUAAAUCCAUUCCCGGGAAUGAAGAGCAAAACUCAGACUCCCGCAUCCUCCUCAACGAACGAGGUGAAAAGACUGACGAGAAAUGCUCCUAGUGGACCUCUUAACAAAGCCCGAAAAGCUUAUAGUGGACCUAUUGAGAAGCAAAGUUAUGAUGCCAUAUGCAAGCAAAGAUUUCGUUCUGGAGCCCUCUCGGGGGAGCUGUGUAAAGCUGAUAAAAGAGGCUUAAAGGCAGAUGGACAGUACCCUCACGGGGGCUCCAGAAGUGGUGCUAUAUCUCCCUACCGGAAUGUCACCACUUCGUCUCGUUUUAGUGAAGGAACGGGAUUUCUUGGGGUACCGAGAGAAGCUGAGAAUCUUAAGGGUAGUAUGUUUAGUUCAUUUAGGGAAGUUGACACUCAUCUUUGGGACACUCCUAUAAAGAGUUCAUUCAAAGGUGAAUCAGAUUCCCCGAGUGAUGUGGUUGAGAAAACGGUGUAUGUAGAUUCUGUGAAUUAUGUGAAAACUACGAGUUUGGAUUUAUGUUCUUCGAAACCCGAGGGUCUUAUGGACCCUGAAGAGUUCAAAGACCUCCCAGAAAGGACGAGUUCAAACCCGAAUCAAGAACCAAAUCAGAAACGAGGUUCCAGUACAAGUAGAAGCAGUCGAGAAAACUUUAAACCAGAUUAUCGAAGCUAUUCUGAUGUUACUUCUUCGCUAUCCCCCUACCCACCCUUACCCAAAUCACCAUCAGAAUCAUGGCUCUGGCGCACACUGCCUUCGAUUCCUUCCCGGGGGGGCCAUAAUGACCAAACGAAUCAGAGCCCGAGGGCUACUAACACUGCCACGAAACGGGAGAUAACUGUGAGUUCUUGCAGUGAGCACCAUUGCAACUCCUAUUACACCGAGGAACUUAUUCCUUAUGGUUCCCACGUUUGGUAAGAAUCUAUGAUUCUUUUCAUCUCCUCAAUGGAUGGAAUUUCUCGUUCCGGUUUAGUAUCAAAACUUGAGGUUCAACACUCUCCAAUCUUUUCCUAGAUGGCUAUCUAGACAUCCCUUCUUGAGGAUGUUUUUUUGUGAGGGCAAAGAAGAAAUGAAGUUUUUCUUUUGGAGUGCCUAAUUUUGUAAUUCAUAGUAGUUUUAUGAACUCUUUGAAUGAGAUUGUAGUGAGCCAAGGAAUUUCAUGUUUUCUAUGCAAGCUAUGAUUUUGAUUCA